GCCGCGGCCCGGGACGUGGCAGCGCCCCGCGCGCCCGAGAAAGUUGCCUGGAAGUUUGCUGCCGCGGCGCGGGAGCGGCCGGCGGGACCAUGAACGUGUUCCGAAUCCUCGGCGACCUGAGCCACCUCCUGGCCAUGAUUCUGCUCCUGGGGAAGAUCUGGAGGUCCAAGAGCUGCGCGGGCAUCUCUGGGAAGAGCCAGAUCCUUUUCGCACUGGUCUUCACCACCAGGUACCUGGACCUCUUCACCAACUUCAUCUCCAUCUACAACUCAGUGAUGAAGGUGGUUUUUCUCCUCUGUGCCUAUGUCACAGUGUACAUGAUCUAUGGGAAAUUUCGGAAGACAUUUGACAUUGAGAAUGACACUUUCCGUCUGGAGUUUCUCUUGGUGCCAGUCAUCGGUCUCUCCUUCCUGGAGAACUACAGCUUCACACCAUUGGAGAUCCUCUGGACUUUUUCCAUCUACCUUGAGUCAGUGGCCAUCCUGCCCCAGCUCUUCAUGAUCAGCAAGACAGGAGAGGCUGAGACCAUCACCACCCAUUACUUGUUCUUCCUGGGGCUCUACCGACUGCUCUACCUGGCCAACUGGAUCAGGCGGUACCAGACGGAGAAUUUCUAUGACCAGAUUGCAGUGGUGUCAGGAGUAGUGCAGACCAUCUUCUACUGUGACUUCUUCUACUUGUAUGUGACCAAAGUCCUUAAGGGAAAGAAGUUAAGUCUUCCUAUGCCAAUUUGAGGACUCCCAGAGAUGAUCAACACUGUAAGGAGGACACUGACAGAUGCAGGAUUUGGGACCCUAUGUACUAGUGAAAAAAAUACUUGUGUGGAUUAGAGUGCAGCACAUUUGUCUAGCCACCAUGGCCUUGUUAAUCCCGCUCAAGUACCACCCUAUGAACACUCC